AUGUCUGCUGAAAAGGAUUACGAGAAGUCUCCAGAUGAGAAGAUGGUGGACGAGAAGUUCAUCAACGCUGACGAGAAGUCGCUUGAAAAGUCCCAGGAUCUUGACUCGUUGCCCCAGUCUGAGGAGGGUGCUGAGCCUACCGAUGAGGAGAUGAAGACCCUCAGACGUGUGUCUAGAAAGAUUCCUCUUUCUUGUUGGCUUGUGGCCCUUGUGGAGUUGUCUGAACGUUUUUCUUACUACGGUUUGUCUACUCCUUUCCAGAACUACAUGCAAAAUACCAAAAACGAUACUCCUAAGGGUGUGUUGGGUUUGAACCAUUCUGGUGCUACUGCCUUGUCCUACUUUUGGCAGUUUUGGUGUUAUGUCACUCCAAUUUUUGGUGCCUGGAUCGCUGAUACGUUUCUUGGUAAGUACCUUACCAUUUGCGUCUUCUGUGUGAUCAUGAUGAUUGGUAUUUUCAUUUUGUUCAUCACUUCGCUUCCUUCGAUCGCUUCUAAGGAUACUUCCUUGGCUGGUUUCAUUGUGGCCAUCAUUGUCAUUGGUAUCGGUACCGGUGGUGUCAAGUCGAACGUCUCGCCUUUGAUCGCUGACCAGGUCCCUAAAUCCAAGCCUUCCAUCAAGAUCUUGAAGUCAGGUGAAAGAGUCAUUGAAGACCCUAACAUUACCAUUCAGAACGUUUUUAUGUUCUUUUACCUUAUGAUUAACGUUGGUUCGCUUUCUGUCAUUGCAACCACCGAAUUGGAGCACAAUGUUGAUUUCUGGGCUGCUUUCCUCUUGCCGCUCUGCUUUUUCUCCAUUGCCAUCGCUGCUCUUGUCUUGGGUAAGAACAACUACGUCAAAGUCCCAGUUGGUGACAAGGUCAUUUCUCGUUCUUUCAAGUGUUCCUUUGUUGCCUUGAAGAGCCUCAGCUACGACGCUGCUAGACCAUCUCUUCACCCAGACAAGGAGUUCCCAUGGAACGACAGAUUUGUCGAUGAGGUUCAGAGAUCUUUGUACGCCUGUAAGGUGUUUGCUUUCUACCCUAUCUACUGGUUGGUGUACGGUCAGAUGAACAACAACUUUGUCUCUCAGGCUGGUCAAAUGGAGCUUCACGGUUUGCCUAAUGAUAUCUUGCAAGCUAUCAACUCCAUCACGCUUAUUGUGUUUAUCCCAAUUUGUGAGAGAUUCGUCUACCCAUUCAUUAGAAGAUUCACUCCUUUCAGAGCCGUCACCAAGAUUUUCUGGGGUUUCAUGUUCGGUGCUGCUGCCAUGGUCUACGCCGGUGUGUUGCAACACUUCAUCUACAAAGCUGGCCCUUGUUAUGACCACCCAAUGGCUUGUGACCCAGCAUUCAAGCAUGUUCCAAACAAUGUCCAUAUUGCCCUUCAGACUCCUUGUUACUUCUUGAUUGGUAUGUCUGAAAUUUUUGCUUCUAUUACCGGUUUGGAGUACGCAUACACCAAGGCUCCAGUGAACAUGAAGUCUUUCAUCAUGUCUAUUUUCCUUCUUAUGAAUGCUUUCGGUUCUGCCCUUGGUAUUGCGCUUUCUCCAGUUUCUGAGGACCCAAAGAUGGUCUGGACCUUCUGUGGUUUGGGUAUCUCUUGUUUCAUUGCUGGUUGGAUCUUCUGGUUCUUGUUCAAGCACUACAACUACAGAGAGGACGAAUGGAACAGUUUGGAUUACAAUGAUAAGAAUGGUGAACAUAACGACCCUGAGUUGGAGCCUGUGGUUUCGCUCACCCGCUCUUUCAAGCAGUUGCGUUAG